CUUGCCACGUGGCAAGCAUCGCCGCCUAAUUUUGGCCACGGGAACCAAAAUACACUGUGUGCGUCGACCUCAGGCACGGGGCGUUUUGCAACCCCUCUGGCAGACGGCGACGACAUGCACCACUUUCCAAUUCCCUGGCACACAUGAAAACCUCGAUCCUUCUCGCCGCCCUCUGCGCACUGCUCGUCGCUGGCACCGACGCCCACAGCAACGACCAAGGCUUGGUGCGUGGCGGUCGAAACUUGCGAGGCGAGCCAGACGGUCCCGCCCAUUUCGACAUCAUUCAAGGCGACGAAUCCAUCAAAGAUCAGGCGGGGCCCUCUCCUGCGGUCGAGGCGUCGAACAACGCCCCCUCUCACGGAGACUCCCCUCCGGCCGCUUCUGUUGUUUCAGAAGACUCCGACGCGGAAGUGGAGCCCCACGCUGAAGCGGCCGGCUCGGAGAACGCCCAUGCGGACGGUGAGCCGCCUGCUGCCAAGAGUGACGCGGACAACGCCCACGAAGAAGUGGAGCUACCGGCCGCCGCCGACAAGGACAAUUCGCAUGCCGAAGUCGAACCCCCUGCGCGUGCAAGUGAAUCCGACGAUGCUCACGCCGAAGUCGAGCUUCCGGCUGCAGCGACUGGGUCAGACAACGACCAUGCAGAAGACGAGCUUCCGGUAGCGGCCGGAGGCUCCGAGAACUCGCCAGCGGAUGAUGAGGCAAACUGACGGCUUCGGAGCAUGAGUAUCGAGUCGUUGUGACGUGUCCAAGCGAUCACAUUCUGCUUCUUCGUGUAACAGCGUUUAAUGUCAUGGAAAAAUCCGUCCGUCGUCGAGUACGUGAUGCCAUGGCACCG